CGCGUCCGCCACCCCCUCGCCUCGCGCCGCCGCGCGAGCUCCUUGCCCUUGCCCCCAGGAGGUUCGCCCCGCGUGGGGCUCUCGCACCGUCCGGGGUGGGAGCAGGCGAGCCGGAGGGACGAGAAAGGAGGGAGCGCGCGCGGGCGGCGGCGGCCCCUCCCCUCCUCCUCCCCCUCCCGCCGCCGCGGAGAGCGCAGGGAGCAGCCGGGGGCUCGGCGGCGGCGGCGGCGUCUACCCCCAGCUCCUCCUUCCUCCCUCCUCCUCCAUCUCCUCCUCUCUCUCUCCAUCUGCCGUGGUUAUGGCCCGUCGCUGGAGCACAAAAGAGUCUCCGCGGUGGAGGUCUGCGUUGCUCUUGCUCUUCUUCGCUGGGGUGUACGCUUGUGGAGAGACUCCAGAGCAAAUUCGAGCACCAAGUGGCAUAAUCACAAGCCCAGGCUGGCCUUCUGAAUAUCCGGCAAAAAUCAACUGUAGCUGGUUCAUAAGGGCAAACCCAGGCGAAAUCAUUACUAUAAGUUUUCAGGAUUUUGAUAUUCAAGGAUCCAGAAGGUGCAGUUUGGACUGGUUGACAAUAGAAACAUACAAGAAUAUUGAAAGUUACAGAGCUUGUGGUUCCACAAUUCCACCUCCGUAUAUCUCCUCACAAGACCACAUCUGGAUUAGGUUUCAUUCAGAUGACAGCGUCUCUAGAAAGGGUUUCAGACUGGCAUAUUUUUCAGGGAAAUCUGAGGAACCAAACUGUGCUUGUGAUCAGUUUCGUUGUGGUAAUGGAAAGUGUAUACCAGAAGCCUGGAAGUGUAAUAACAUGGAUGAAUGUGGAGAUAGCUCUGAUGAAGAGAUCUGUGCCAAAGAAGCUAAUCCUCCAACUGCCACUGCUUUUCAACCCUGUGCUUACAACCAGUUCCAGUGUUUAUCCCGUUUUACCAAAGUUUACACUUGCCUCCCCGAAUCUUUAAAAUGUGAUGGGAACAUUGACUGCCUUGACCUAGGAGAUGAGAUAGACUGUGAUGUGCCAACGUGUGGGCAGUGGCUAAAAUAUUUUUAUGGUACUUUUAAUUCUCCCAAUUACCCAGACUUUUAUCCUCCUGGAAGCAAUUGCACCUGGUUAAUCGACACUGGUGAUCACCGUAAAGUCAUUUUACGCUUUACGGACUUUAAACUUGAUGGAACUGGUUAUGGUGAUUAUGUCAAAAUAUAUGAUGGAUUAGAGGAGAAUCCACACAAGCUUUUGCGUGUGUUGACAGCUUUUGAUUCUCAUGCACCUCUUACAGUUGUUUCUUCUUCUGGACAGAUAAGGGUACAUUUUUGUGCUGAUAAAGUGAAUGCUGCGAGGGGAUUUAAUGCUACUUACCAAGUAGAUGGGUUCUGUUUGCCAUGGGAAAUACCCUGUGGAGGUAACUGGGGGUGUUAUACUGAGCAGCAGCGUUGUGAUGGGUAUUGGCAUUGCCCAAAUGGAAGGGAUGAAAUCAAUUGUACCAUGUGCCAGAAGGAAGAAUUUCCGUGUUCCCGAAACGGUGUCUGUUAUCCUCGUUCUGAUCGCUGCAACUACCAGAAUCAUUGCCCAAAUGGCUCAGAUGAAAAAAACUGCUUUUUUUGCCAACCAGGAAAUUUCCAUUGUAAAAACAAUCGUUGCGUGUUUGAAAGUUGGGUGUGUGAUUCUCAAGAUGACUGUGGUGAUGGCAGCGAUGAAGAGAAUUGCCCAGUAAUCGUGCCUACAAGAGUCAUCACUGCUGCCGUCAUAGGGAGCCUCAUCUGUGGCCUGUUACUCGUCAUUGCAUUGGGAUGUACUUGUAAGCUUUAUUCUCUGAGAAUGUUUGAAAGAAGAUCAUUUGAAACACAGUUGUCAAGAGUGGAAGCAGAAUUGUUAAGAAGAGAAGCUCCUCCCUCUUAUGGACAAUUGAUUGCUCAGGGUUUAAUUCCACCAGUUGAAGAUUUUCCUGUUUGUUCACCUAAUCAGGCUUCUGUUUUGGAAAAUCUGAGGCUAGCGGUACGAUCUCAGCUUGGAUUUACUUCAGUCAGGCUUCCUAUGGCAGGCAGAUCAAGCAACAUUUGGAACCGUAUUUUUAAUUUUGCAAGAUCACGUCAUUCUGGGUCAUUGGCUUUGGUCUCAGCAGAUGGAGAUGAGGUUGUCCCUAGUCAGAGUACCAGUAGAGAACCUGAGAGAAAUCACACUCACAGAAGUUUGUUUUCCGUGGAGUCUGAUGAUACAGACACAGAAAAUGAGAGAAGAGAUACGGCAGGAGCAUCUGGUGGGGUUGCAGCUCCUUUGCCUCAAAAAGUCCCUCCCACAACGGCAGUAGAGGCGACAGUAGGAGCGUGUGCAAGUUCCUCAACUCAGAGUACCCGAGGUGGUCAUGCAGAUAAUGGAAGGGAUGUGACAAGUGUGGAACCCCCAAGUGUGAGUCCAGCACGUCACCAGCUUACAAGUGCACUCAGUCGUAUGACUCAGGGGCUACGUUGGGUACGUUUUACAUUAGGACGAUCGAGUUCCGUAAGUCAGAACCAGAGUCCUUUGAGACAACUUGAUAAUGGGGUAAGUGGAAGAGAAGAUGAUGAUGAUGUUGAAAUGCUAAUUCCAGUUUCUGAUGGAUCUUCAGACUUUGAUGUGAAUGACUGCUCCAGACCUCUUCUUGAUCUUGCCUCAGAUCAAGGACAAGGGCUUAGACAACCAUAUAGUGCAACAAACCCUGGAGUAAGGCCAAGUAAUCGAGAUGGCCCCUGUGAGCGCUGUGGUAUUGUCCACACUGCCCAGAUACCAGAGACUUGCUUGGAAGUAACACUGAAAAACGAAACGAGUGAUGAUGAGGCUUUGUUACUUUGUUAGGUACAAAUCACAUAAGGGAGAUUGUAUACAAGUUGGAGCAAUAUCCAUUUAUUAUUUUGUAACUUUACAGUUAAACUAGUUUUAGUUUAAAAAGAAAAAAUGCAGGGUGAUUUCUUACUAUUAUAUGUUAGCCUGCAUGGUUAAAUUCGACAACUUGUAACUCUAUGAACUUAGAGUUUACUAUUUUAGCAGCUAAAAAUGCAUUACAUAUUCAUAUUGUUCAAUAAUGUCCUUUCGUUUGUUUCUGAUUGUUUUCAUCCUGAUACUGUAGUUCACUGUAGAAAUGUGACUGCUGAAACUCAUUUGAUUGUCAUUUUUAUCUAUCCUAUGUUAAAUGGUUUGUUUGUACAAAAUAAUACCUUAUUUUAAUUGAAACGUUUAUGCUUUUGUCAACACAUCUUGUAACUUAAUAUACUAGAUGUUAAGGUUGUUAAUGUACAAAAAAAAACACCCUUAUACUCACCUGCGUUUUCGUUUGUUUAACAUUUGUCCAUUAUCGGAUUUCAUUAUCAUAUGAACUUGUCAAAGGGAAACAAACUUUGUCUAAAAAUUUUUCUCUUAUGUUUAACAUACAACGAUGUGAAAUUUAGGCAGAGUUAGAUAAAUUACUGGCAAAAACAAAACUCUUUUAUAAAGAUUUUCUAAUGUUGACUUUAAUACUCUAACAUGGUACAAACCAAAUGUUAAAAUCCCAAGUCAUUUCUUUUUUCAUCUGUAUUUAGCAACAGAAUUAAGUGGAUGAAGAUAUUCUACUAUGCAUUAAAUCUUGAACUUUAUAAAACAUGUACAAAAAUUGUACAAGAUAAGUUCCAGCUGGUAAUGUCUUUCCCUAAUACAGGGUUGCGCUUGUAUUGGACCCUAGGGAUUUGCACUAAAAUUAUAUCAAGGUCUCAGAUGAGCUUAGUGCACAAGCACUAUCACUUUAAAUACUAUUAUUUGCUACCACAGCGACUAUAUAUUUCCAUAGCUUUUGGCUGGGGGCGGGGGGCAUUUUUAUUACAACUUGAAAUUGCUUUGCUGGUUUCAUAUUUAUUUGUUGUAUUUAAGAAAUACAUUGUUGUAAGAGUGAUUUUUUUUCAAUAUAUUUUAUUCCUGGGGGGGAUCAUGCUACACUCUCAAAGAAAAGAAAAUUGAGAAAUCAUUCAGAUCAUCCCCCCUUUCUAAGUAGUGUGAAUUGUAAAACCCGACAUAUUUUUUUUAUUGUCAGUUGCUGUUUAUUUAUUCUUUAGCUGUCUGUUUUAGUAGUUUAAUGAUUGAGUAUGAAAAAUGUAUUUGUGUGUGAUUAUUGCUAUUUAUUAAAUUUUAAGUACUUUGCUGAAUGUCAUUUUAAAGCAUGUUUGAAGUCUUGUGUAUUUGUCUGUGUUAUGCUGUCAGGAAGAACUGACUAAGAUGUUUUAAUAUGUAUCAAAAAUUAAAAUGAUUUUUUUUAUUGCCUUGAGGUACUUUUUAAAUCAAAGUUGUUCUUUAUUGAAUUGUGGUGCAUAUACAAAUUCAGGCCAUAAAAUAUGCAAUAUAUCUAGAAUAAAAAUGAUUAGAAGGAGAUCAUUCCUUAACUGCUUUAUAGUAAAGUAGCAGCUUUUACCAGUACUCGAGGGUAAAAUUUUCUAAGGACUUGAAUAUUACUUUGCUUGAGACUGCCCUUCAGUUGAUGUAUCUCACAAGAUGAGAGAGUUUAAUGGAUUAACUGCAUUUUAGUUGACGUAUCUCACAAGAUGCAGUAACACAGUCAGUUCUCUUUUUAAAUUGUUUUCACAUACAUUUUAGACCCCAUAGUAUAUUCUACUGGCAGAAUUCGGGUUACCAAAUAAUCUUUUACACCCUAGUACUAUACCAUCAAGUAUAGGGCUUUUGGUUUUGUUUUCUAGCAUAUGUUUUAAUUAUUUUAAUUAACUAAUACAUCUUCCUGGUUCAAAUAGUAAAAUGUAAAUUCCUCUUCUAUCCCAACACCCAUCUUUCAGUUCCCUUGAAAGAGACACAUACCAGUACCAGAUCCUUGUAUAUCUCUCUAGAAAUAACCAUAUAUGUACAUAGGCAUAUCAAUGCUAUAUUUUAGUAUUGCAAAUUGUAACAUACUAUGCAUACAUUUUCUGUACUUUUUCUCAAAGGGAAAAAAUACAUCAUUAGAGUUUGAAUAUUAAAAGUAAAAUCAA